AUGUUGGGACUAGAAAGCAAUAACAAGAAUGGUUUAAGCGAUCAAUGCAGCGCCGAACAGAGCGUAAAUAGUAGCAAUGUGAUGGGUCAGAAUGAUGAUACGUUUUCUGAGAAGCGUGAAACAGGACAAGAGAACUCUUAUGAAAAUAUAGCACUGAAUAUGGGUGUUUCAGAACUAAAUAAAGUAAACAGUAUUGUUGAUGUUCGAAAAGAUGUUAGCUCCUUACAACAAGCAGAGCUGUUGUCCCGACCAUACCCAACUGAGAGCCAUCCUGUAUUGAUUAACAAAGAUUCCACCACCAAUGCUAGAAAUGGGCACGCAAUAGACAUGGGUUUAUCACUAUCUUCUGGCCCUCAGAGCAUUGUAACGACCGAUUUAUUGCAACAAUCUAGUCAUGGCACUCUUCUGAACAGCAUUUCGGCCUUCUCUCAACAGCUUCAAGAAAGCAAUCGCAGUGAAACAAGUGAAGCUGGCUUUUUAACAAAAUCCCUUUCACCUUCUGACUUAAUUGACUGGCUUUUUCAGGAUGAUAAUUGCUCUGAUAAGGGCCCCCUGAGCUUAGACAACACUGGGGCAUUUUCCAAUAGAAACUACAUUGAUUUUCAUAAUUCCCAUUCUCCUGUAUCUUUGUUAGACCAGAUUUUGUCUGUUUCACCUAAUUUUCCUAAUUCAAAUAGAAGAACAACAAUUGACGAGACUGUUAGAAAAAAUAUGAUAAAAAUAAUUCCAUCGUUAGGAUUGAACGAUGAUUUCAGCUUGCUUGGAAUUGAGAAGUGUUUGGAAACUUAUUGGUUAGUCUUUCAUCCACAAUAUCCUAUUUUGCAUAGGCCAUCGUUCUCCAAUUUUGAAGCACAUCCAUUGCUAUUGCUUGCGAUGAUUAUGUUAGGCGCCAGUUUAAGUAGCUGUAUCAAAGAUGAUGGCAAUGUGAUGCACGCUAACCCUGAAGCUUUGGCCAUGGAAAUAGCUGAAUCUUUAAGAUGGCUCAUCUUUGCCCACCCUGACUGCAAACCUCCUGCUAAGGUUUGGGUCAUCCAAAGUUUACUUCUAUUGGAAACUUAUGAAAUUACUAAUAGCAGCAGGGCAUUACAUGAGAGAGCUUAUCUUCAUCAUGGUACGAAAAUACAAAUUCUUCGCCGCUCUCCAAUUUUAGGCGGUGACCCGUUAAAGGAAGAUGCUGAAGACGGAUCUUAUGCAUUACAAAGUCAAGUUUGGAAGAAGUGGAUCGAGGCUGAAUCGAUGAAAAGGGCCACAUUGAUGGCUUUUUAUUUGGAUACUGUUCAUGCUACUGUGUAUGGCCAUAUGGUAAUCCUUUACGCUCAUCAAAUAAAGCUUUCGCUUCCUUGUGAUGAUAGCCUUUGGGAAUUUGAGAACAUGGAUCAAAAGUUUGAAGUGGUUUCGCCAACAAGGACUCCGAAGUUCUUGGUUGCCUUGAAAAAAGUCUUAAACAGGCAGAAGGUUCAUACAAAUACAUUUGGAAAAAGGAUAUUGUUAGCCGGACUAUUGACAAUUAUGUUUCAAAUGCAGCAAAAGGAUUUGCAAUUAUCUUCCUUGAAUUGGAACUCCAUUAAGGAUUCUUGGAGAGAUACCAUUUCUCUUGCAAUUGAUGUAUGGAAAAUUGAUGUUUCAGAGGGAGGAUGUUGUAGUAACGAAAUGUCAGUCUAUUCUGCACUUUACGAUCAAAAUAAUUUGCCGCCAAUGCUUAGAGCUAACGACAAGCGUUGCAAGUUUUGUCUCUAUCAUAUAUCUCAAAUAUAUUUACGCAUCACUCAUUAUGAUUAUAUCAUAUAUGCGGGAGCUCCAAGCAGAAUGAAUGUGGUAGCUAGCUCUUCGGAAUAUGAAGCAGUGUCAAAAAGAAUAGUUGAUUGGUCGAAUAGUGAAAGUGGCCGGAUUGCCGUCAUACAUUCUUAUUUGUUUCUUUGUGAAAUGUUUUUGUCUCCUGAAAAUGAAGAUUUAACCUACACCUACGACCCUAAUUGUGAUCCACAUUUGCAUAGAAAAAAUGUCGUAGCAAGUGCUAUUUUGGUGAUAUUUGCUUAUAAUUUUUCGUUAGAAGGACCGGAGUGUGAUAUAUUUGAUAAAUAUGAUAUAUCUGGAUAUUAUCCUGCUAAAGAGAAUGGCUAUGAUUAUUUACGAAGAAUUAGAAGAGAACUAUCAAGGGGCCCGGGAGGUCAAUUUCAUGCCUUGGGUGCGAAUAAUAGUGCAAUAUACCACAAUUCAAUAAAGUUACACGCGGAGACUUUGCGCAAUAUAGAAUCAAAAAAUCAUAUUGUCGGCUUAUUAAAGAUCGCUUACAAGUCCUACAAAUCUUGUAAAUGGGAAGUUGGAUUUGAGUAUUCAAAUCUAUUCAAAAAUUGUAUAGAAAGAUGCUUGGGACGAAAAAAGACAACCUGUGAGGAUAUGUAUGCAUCUAAGGAUUAA